GGGGGGAAAAAAAGAAAAAACUGAAUCAUCCGAGAUUGAAAAAGCCCAGUAAGUAGGCAAGGUCUCGGCGCGGCGCCCCGCCCUUCGCGGAGCCCACGCUGUGAAUGGAGGCUGAGCAGCCAGGGGGAGUGAGACGUGCGGCGAAAGACGGGCAGGACGCGAGAGAAAACCAUCGUGCGAUCCCCCCCCACCUCACCCCAUCCCACCCUCCCUUCAUGUCAACGCAACUGGGCUGCGCAGCACACGCCGGCAAGGGGGGAGAAAACCUUUAGGCAUGGAGCGGAACUGGCCGUCUCUCGGCAGAAAACGCAGGAGCGGCAGCAACUUUGCGACUGACGCGCUGUCUUCACGCAGCCACUUCGGGCGUUUGUUGUGUCCUUAGGAGGAGGACGCGGAACGGCGGCGCAAGAAAAACUAAAACAUCUCAUACUUUACGAGAAAGCAGGAGUGGAGCGAAAGGUAUGAGCACAGGACAGUAUAAGAAAUAAAUACAACCCUGCUCUGUCUAUAUCGCUUGGGGUAAUGAGAAAACCGGACAAUUCUUGCAAGCCAGUCGUUUUAGCUGGCUUCGGUGUUGCUGUGCUGCAGAAAUGAUGAAAGGUUGUUUCUCACUUCUCCAGAAGAGGAUUUUCCAAAACCAGGAGGCGUCUGAAUGAAAUAAACAUUUUCAAUCGCCAGCGUAAUUCGCUUUCCAAGAGUGGUCAUCAGAUCCGCGCCGCAUGUGGGAAAAGUAUGGGAUGCAUCGCUGUUCGCAGCCUGAGGACGGACGAGUCAGUGAGAGGAUGGUGUCUGAUCGUUAAGGCUGAAGUUUAAGUAAGUUUAUGGGAGGAAAAUGGGUUCAGAAGAUAAAGCGACGCAUCUGCUCGUUGACUGAGUCUGAAGAAGGACAUGACUAGAGUACGUUUCGUGAAUCAAAUCUGGAGAAUGGAGUUUUUUGGAUAUAGAAACAGUCCGACUAACCAGUGCAUAAGAGCAGCCAAAUAGAGACCUUUAUUACCUUCGGUCUGAACGCGGAAUUUAUGUUUACUUACGUGGGACUUUCCUGGCAUGCAAAGACUAAUCUACCUUUAAACCUUUUUGCGCAAUUCUGUAAAAACUUUUGAUAUAUGUUUUCAUUGCCGAUUAUACGAAUGAGGAAUCUGUAAACGGUACAUUUACAACUGAGGAUUUGAAUCGUUUUCUUAGAUGUGGGAAAAACUAGGAUUCCAAAUGUAUGUACUGGAAUUUAGACCACGAAAGCCUUAUUAUCAUCUAAAAAGCAAACGCAUUUAAACUGGUGAAAACUGCAUUAAAUCGACUGGGGGGGAAAGAAGCUCGAAAAGGCACCCGAUCGGUGUUGGCCCUAUGGACAAGAACAUUUCAGCUUACCAAAUGGAGUUGUCACUUUUUGCUGUUGCCCUCAUAUCUUGGGUCUCGGUGUGGGCGGACGAUAGCAAGGUGAUUUCCGACAGAUAUGCAGUCUACUGGAACAGCUCAAAUCCCAGGUUUCUGCAUGGGGAGUACACCGUGGAGGUGAGCAUCAACGACUACCUGGACAUCUACUGCCCGCACUACGAGGACCCCCUGUCGCAGGAGCGCAUGGAGCGCUACAUCCUCUUCAUGGUCAACUACGACGGCUACACCAGCUGCGACCACCACAUGAAGGGCUUCAAGCGCUGGGAGUGCAACCGGCCCCAGAGUCCCAACGGGCCGCUGAAGUUCUCAGAGAAGUUCCAACUCUUCACCCCCUUCUCGCUGGGCUUCGAGUUCCGCCCGGGGCACGAGUACUACUACAUCUCAUCUCCUCACCCCAACCUUGCCGGAAAGCCCUGCUUGAAGUUGAAAGUGUACGUCAAGCCGACAAAUGACUCGGUGUACGAGUCUCCGGAGCCCUUCCUGACAGACGACAGCACGGGUGGCUCUUCUGCCGCCGCCCCCUGCCUCUCGCUCAUGUUGGCCAUGCUGCUGAUGCUGCUCGUCUACUCAUAGCAGCGUUACCCCACCCUGCACCCUCCUCCCACCACCCCCAUCACCAGCUCCGCACCUGCCUCCCAGCCCCCACCUCUAGGGGGCGCCCCUCCGGACUCCCCCAGCUCCUCAGGAGCCAUCUGGACAGCGCAAACCCGCAUUGGCCUAACUCACAGCACCUCCCCCACCCCCCCCCCGCUGCUGUCACCGCUGCUCAGUGCCGCAGGACAGCUGAUGCCCCCGUCAGCUCUGGAUGUCCAUGCAGCAGCCAGCAGGACGGAAUGAUGGCGCAGAGCUACGAGGGACUGAGCCCCUGCGGUGACCACGCCCAGCAUCCCCGCUCUUGUCAUCUUGAUGGAUAACUGUGCAAUUCAGCUAGAAAUACAAGUCAUUUCAGUUUAAGGGUUUUUCAGUUUUCUGCUGUUCCCCUUGCGUCUCGAUGGUCAGCUCACACCAUCAGUACUUACUUUUCUUCCCCAAGAGUCCCGUAAAAGAGCAUCUUUUGUUCUUCUCAUGUUUUUUAGCCCAGGUGGUGAUGUUUUAAUUAGCGUAGGGUUGUGUCCACCUGUAGUGUAGUUUUGUUGCCGUGGAUAAGAUCUCGAUCUUUCACGUGUGAUCCCAGCUGAGCCUGGGCAGGUGGAGCCCUUAUCCCUCCUACCUACUCACUGAAAUGUCUCCAUAAAAUUAGAACAUUCACCCUCCAGUACAGGCUUUUUGUGUAAAUCUGCCAAAGACGCCCAAUUAGAUUUCCUUUUUUUUUUUUAAACUCGAGGUAGGGGGUGGGGGUAAUUUGCCCCGUUCAGCCAGAGAGCAUUGUGGACGUUCAGAAUCACAGCACAGCGCUCGCAGAAAAAGGACAAUGUUUUUUUAAUGAUCUUUUUUUCAUAUAUUAAAAAAAAAGAAUGUUUAGUUAAAAAUGAUUCGACAAAUUGCCUUUUUCACUGGUGCUGAAUCAGAUAUUAAUCUAUUUGUCACGAGCUGCAGUGCCAGGUGGAAGGGGGACAUCCUGUGGUGAUGAAGUGUUUUGUGAAUUAUAGGUCUUGCUGUUCUUUCUCUCGUUCCCCUUCGCUCGCGCUCUCUCUCUUCUUCUUCGCUCUCUCUUUUCCUCUCUCUCGCUCUGAAUGUGGAAUUUUUGCCUUCACACGCAGCCCCUGCUUCGCGUUCCCCACCCGCAAGCUGGCAUGGCAGUCCCGGGCGAGAGGUCCGGCGCUGUGUUUGGCGCUGGGUGAUCAGAGUCACUCGGCGACAGCCGGAAGCCCAUGAGCUGCUGGUAAUUGUGCAGGACUGAGGGACCCAGCCCUCUCUCUGGGAACGUAAGGCAAGCAAACAAAAAUGCUUUUCAUUUUUUUUUGUUUUGAAUAUCUGUAGCACUUCGGCUAAACAAAUGGACACCUGUUUUGCGAAUUUAUAUGUGACUGAGGCAAAGUGGACUCUGACCAAACAUUCUUCUGUAACAUAGAUCAGUGGAAUGAUUACAGCAACGCCGAUAUAAUGAAAGAAAAACAUGCAAACAAAAAUGUAAUGAAAAGUUACCUAAAUACAAUUUUUGUACUUUGCUUUAUUCUGUUAUUUUUUACUUUUUACUUUUCAAAAAAAAACAGGAGAAAUUAUUCAUAAUUAUUCAUAUGUGAUAUGAAAAUAUAAUGUAGACCUUUGAAUGAUUAGAGUGAUGAUGGAUCCAGUCUCCGCAGUCUCUGAAGUUUAGAGAAAUCAACUGUUUUGCUAUUGUCGUUGUUAUCCUGCUUGUGUCACAAUGCAUUCUGGUACUUGUAGUCCUGUAAUAAUUCAUUUUAAGUUGUUCAUGUUGGGGGGGGGGGUAAAAACUUGUUUUGAUUUCCUAUAAAAUGUCUUUGUUUUGGCAAAGGAAAGCAACGGGGGGAAAAAUGAAAAACACAAAUAAAGCUUUUUGUCUAUAGCAGUAAAAACUGUUUUGCACCAUGUGCCUAGGGCAUCUGUUCCUAGAAAAUGCAAAAUGAUUAUACUAUGUCAGAAUGUUAAAAACAGCUGUCGCAAACAAUCAUAAAAAUAUGUGUCUUCAUUUUUCUUAUGUAUUUAAAUGGGUCAAAUUACAAGGUUAUGUUGUCAGAUCAUAUGAUGUAUGGACACAUGUGGCAGUUUGAUUUAAAUGAAAUCUGUUGUGAGUAUAUAUAUUUUAAGAAAAUGAUGGUUUAAGCACGCCAUCAUAAUACUGUUAAAGACUUUAGCUUUAAUUGUAGGGGCCUAUGCCAGAAUCAACAACUUGAGCAACACAGUGGGUAAGUUUAAAUAUGAAUUAAAUAGCAAAUGUUACCAGCUGGAUCUCAUGAAAAAAAAAAUCUGAGAAUCAGUUUCUGUACUUAUGGACCUGUGCAGAUAGAUCCUUCUAGGCUUGAAAAAGUAGCUGCUACAGAUUUUUUAAUGUCAGCUUCGGAAUCACAGAGAUAUCAUCUGAUUUACUUCAUGUCAUUCCGUCACUGGAGUGAGGAGUGUGUGUUUGUUCGUGUGCAUGUGUGUGUGUGUGUGUGUCAAACUCUUUACCGUGCAGGGGAUAUCUGCAGAAACUCGCAGAAGCGAUUUCAAAGGAUCGAUAUUUCACUGCCAUGGAAGCUGGGGCAGGUUUUUCAGAUAAGAGUCCAAGCUGGGAGAUUAAUGACAAAAAUAGAAAAAAAAAAAACAGAAAAUAAAUAAAAUAUAGAAGCAGAUGCAAUGAAAUACCACUUCACGGUCUGGCUCAUGUGUCAGCUUAGCUAAGCAUAAGCCUUAAGAGAGAGGGAGACUCACGUCUAAAGAGAGACGAGAGAGAUGUUUGCCGUGUAAAAGGAAUCGAGAUCAGGAAAUGAGGUUUGAUGGCUCCGAGUUCUGUAAGGAUCCACCUGUGGGGACAACCACUACCUUCGGAGGCUGGAAAGUGGGAGGUGGGAUAAUUGGCCGUAGAGAAGGACAUGUUUUCAUGGCGGUGUUUUCUCCUUAAUUCCCUGAUGGAGGCGGCCCCCGCUGUUUGUGUCCAGAUAAACCCCCAUGGUCCUUUGCAACUGCUAAUGGGUUAGCUGAUGACUGGCAGCAAGGAGUACCAUUACGGUCCUCCAGCACAGCCGCUGCAGGAAUAACAUACACAAACGUCUUAUCAAAUAUUCCCUAAAAUCUCUGCAGAAAAAUUCGUACUGACUUUCUCAAAAAACAAAAAAAAAAAAACUGAAAAAGUUUUCUCUUUUUUUAACCUUUUUCUUUUUUGUAUUUGUGAAAUUUUUCGUUUUCUGUUCCGGUAGAAUAUCAACCUGCAAGAAUUUGCAGCAAAAAUGCAUAAUGCGAAAAGGGGGGAAAAAAUAGCCAAACAGCAAAUAUUUAUUUCAUGGUGUGCUAAUGUUCUUUUUUGUCCUAUGUUUCUGUCAAACAUUUUAGUUUGAAAAGGGUAUGAAGGGUAUUUUUUACUUUAAUGAAUCAGGAUGAUUAAUCAUCCAUAUCGACCCCUAGAAUUGUUGCUUACUCUGAAUAUGUUUUCAAUUUGAAAUUUGUGACCCAUCAUAAUAAUAAAGGUAUACCUCAGCCACCACGAAACCAUUGUAUAAUCA